AAACAUGCUCAAACAAGGAAGAUGGCAAGAUCACUUGCAAAUUCCACGCACUGUUACUGGAGAACGUGAUGUUCUCACGGAAUUUCGCAGUACCUAGAACGUAAAGGUCACACGGAAACAACUCUGUGACAUAAAAUGACAAAGAGAAUUGUAAAAGCAUAUUUCAGUGACACUAUAAUCUGUGCUUGUCAUUUUGUUUUGUGUUGUCAUGGAAACAAAAGUGAGUGUAGAUGUGAACUAUAACCUAAACCUUAAAAAGAGGUCAUUACAAAGACUCCGGAGUUGCUGACAGCUACUAAAAUGAAAAGGGCAUGGAGAAUGAUAAAAAGGAAAUCAAUUACAACUGUAAUGCUCCGGAUAUUGACAGGCUAAGAAUCAGGGAUGGAAAAGUUGUAUCAAGAUCUGCUACUAGCAUUCAAGAUCCAGACAAUGACAUUACAAAAAACCUGGGGAAAUGUUCAGCAAUGGAUAGAAGUCCACCAACAUAUCGAUGGCACAGUGCCUAUGAAUCAGAAGAAAACCAUAAAUUCUCUAAGAAGAGGUCAGUUAGUAACACAUCUGUGACCCCAAGAAGAAACAAGCCACCAGACAAGAAUGUAAAUAAAGAUUACUUAAUAAGUUUUCAACGCAGCUUAAAGUUACUUGGUAUACAACCAAAAGACUUUGGCAUUAACAACGAAAUCAUUACAUCCAAUCUGCAUACAUCACCAAGGGUCGGACCAACAUUUCACACUCGUCUUACAAAUCGAAGUUUCUCUCUAGAAAAUCUGAAGUGUGUGAUACAGGAUCAAAUUGGCGUUUCACAAAGGACCUCUAGAGAACACAUAGAUCAUAAAAUGCUAUCCAAUGCUGUGUAUGAAGUAUGGUAUUUCCAGAAACUCGAAGAGGCACGCAGAAGAAAGAAAGCACAAGACAUUAAUGACCAGAGGAAAAAAGAACACUCUGAAAAGGUUAAAACAGAGCAAAAACAGAAAGCUGAAGAAAACUUCAUUGAAUGGAAGACAUUAAAAAAUAAACAGAAACAACAGCAACAAAAGAAGAAGACCGAAAGUGAAUCUGGAAGAGAUUUCAGGUUAACAGAUGGGGCAAAAGGGAAGCCAAAUCAGGAGGAAGCCUUUCUUUUAUGGAAAAUAGAGAAAGAUAAACUAAUCAGACAUAAAAAAUUGAAGCAAAAAAUUCAAAAGGAAACAACAAAACCAGAUAAAGAAAAGAAAAAUGAAGCAGAAAUGGUUUUCAAGCUGUGGAAAAAACAGGCAGAUAAAACCCUGAAAGAAAAAGCACGAGAGGAAGAAAGAAAAAAGCAAGAAGAGGAAGAAGGAAAGAAAGAAAAGGAAAGACUUAAACAAGAAAGUGCCAAGUCAUCAUUUAAUGCAUGGAAGAAAAGAAAAGAUUCAGAACUCAGGAAUAAAAUUAAGGAAGACAAGCUGGCAGAAGAAGAAAAGAAAAAUGAAAAGUUGAUGCAGCAGGCAGAGCGCUUAUAUGAAGCUGAGCUAGUAUUUGAGGAAUGGCUCACCCAAAUAGAAGAGAGACAAAAUACACAAGCAGAUGUUAUACGCAAGCAAAAGCAAAAAAAUGAACAUAAAUUGCCAUGGUGGCCUGGAGGUUUUGUUUCCUGGUAGACAAAAAAUGUAUGUUUAGAAAAUAUUUAUGCAAGAACUUCUUAUCAAUAAAUUUCAAUAUAGACAAGUUAUUAACUGAUUAAUAACAAGUGAUGUUUCAACUUGUAAAUGAAGAUGGACACAGGAAAACAUUACUGACCUUGGUAAUAAUUAUUUGAAUAUUAUGGUCUACAGUUAAUUUCACUUUAUCCACGAUGGAACCAACAUUCCAUGAACAAGAAUCUUGUAAAGAUGAUACAAUAUGUGCGGGCCCCUGUGAACACGGUAGUAACUAACUUAUUGUAGUAAACAAUAUAAAAUAUUAUUAAAUAAUCA